AGGUGAGAAAAAGUAAGAUUGUUGAGUUUAAGUAUAGAAAGCAAAGCAAAAUGAAGACACAAGUUUUGUUGUUUGCAUGCACGGUGGCUCUUCUGCUCGCCUCUUUCUUGGCCUCUGCUGCAGUUGUAGAACAUACGUUUCAUGUGAAGAACCUUACCGUGACUAGGCUAUGCCGGAGACAGGUGAUCACGGCGGUGAACGGCAGCCUGCCCGGCCCGACGCUUCGAGUGAGAGAAGGCGACACUCUUGUCGUCACUGUCUUCAACGAAUCGCCAUACAAUCUCACUAUCCAUUGGCAUGGGGUGUUUCAGAUCUUGAGUGGUUGGUCAGAUGGGCCCGAAUUUGUGACCCAGUGUCCGAUUCGACCCGGUCAUAGCUAUACCUACAAGUUUAAGAUAACUAGACAAGAAGGAACUCUUUGGUGGCAUGCUCAUGUUUCGUGGCUUCGGGCCACUGUUCAUGGAGCACUCAUUAUCCGACCUCGAGAAGGCCACUCAUACCCAUUUCCCAAACCUUAUAGAGAAGUUCCAAUCCUCCUAGGAGAAUGGUGGAACGCCAACGUCGUUGACGUGGAGAACCAAGCCCUGGCUAACGGCAGCGCUCCUAGAAACUCUGACGCUUACACCAUUAAUGGCCGCCCCGGAGAUAUCUACAAUUGCUCUGCUAAUCAUACGUACAAGUUGAAGGUGAAACAGGGGAAAACGUACCUUCUCCGUAUUAUCAACGCUGCGCUCAAUAACCAACUGUUCUUCAAGAUCGCCGGCCACACCAUGAAAGUGGUGGCGGUGGACGCUUCUUAUACUGAUCCAUACGUCACCGACGUCGUCGUCGUAGCUCCGGGACAGACCACCGACGUUCUCCUCACCGCCGAUCAGUCCCCCGGUCGAUACUACAUGGCGGCCAAUGCUUACGCUAGCGCGCCCAAUGUGCCGUUCGAUAACACCACCACCACCGGAAUCGUCGAGUACGACGGCGCAAUCUCGUCGCCGCCGGCGAUGCCGGCACUCCCCGCCUUCAACGACACGCCGACGGCUCACAGAUUUUAUAGUAACCUGACGGGGCUCGUGAGCGGCCCGUUUUGGUCGUCUCCCCCGCGCCACGUGGACGAGCGGAUGUUGAUCACAGUCGGGUUAGGGUUAGUGGCGUGUGACCGACCCGGGACUUGCGGCGGGCCGAACGGGCAGCGAUUAGCGGCGAGUAUGAACAACGCGUCGUUUCAGUUGCCGACGAAGCUCUCGAUGUUAGAGGCGUUUUUCUUCGACGUCGACGGGAUCUAUACCGCCGAUUUCCCCAAUCGGCCGCCGGUGAGGUUCGAUUACACGAACUCCACUCAGAGGUUGAAUGCGUCGGCGUUGAUCAUGACUACGAAGUCGACUAAGGUUAAGAAAGUGAAGUACAAUGCUACGGUUGAGAUGGUGUUUCAGAACACCGCCUUAGUUGCCAUCGAGAAUCACCCCAUUCACUUGCAUGGCUUCAAUUUCUACGUUUUGGCUCAAGGAUUUGGGAACUAUAACCCCUCCGUUGACCGGAAAAUGUUCAAUCUCGUCAACCCUCAAGAGCGCAACACCAUUGCUGUCCCCGUCGGUGGGUGGGCCGUCGUCAGAUUCCGCGCAAAUAACCCUGGUGUAUGGUUAAUGCAUUGUCAUUUGGAUGUACACUUACCAUGGGGUCUAGCAACGGCCAUAGAAGUGGAGAAUGGGCCGACGCCAUCAACCACCUUGCCUCCUCCACCGCUGGAUCUACCCAAGUGCUAGCUUGCUCAACAUCAGCCUUCCAACACAAAAAUUUAAUACACAAUACCAAAAUGAAUUAUUUUUUUUUUGCAAAGCCAUUUAUUAUUUUACAAAUUUCCCUAUUUGUUUGGCUAUUAUUUUAGGCUAUGUUCCAUGAAUGUUGUACUUUUAAAUUGUUUUAGUUAUACAUGUUGCAAGUGUAAUGAAUAAUGAUUUGUUUUA